ACCACGGCAGCAGUCCAAACCCUCAGCGUAUCCAUUUCCCUAGUUGGUGCCGGUGGCAUCGCCACCAUCUCCCUCUUCGACAUCCCCGAGCUGCAAGCCCAACCCGCCUCGCGCUCUCUCCCUUCAACCCGCUGGCUCUUCAGCCGCGGCUCCCACAUCUUCCCCCAAGCCGCCUUCCUCUCCAGCUUCGGCUUCACCUACCUAGCCUACAUGGCCCUGUCACCCGCAUCCAGAGCUCUGUCACAACUCUUCCGCUUCCAAAGCAACAGUCGCAAUGUUACUGCCUACCUCGCCGCGGCUGCGCUGUGCAUGAGCAUCGGCCCUUUCACGAGCUAUGUGAUGAUUCCGACUAACUUCGCGCUCAUAAAGAUGAACGAGGAGAAGGGCGGGGCGCGGAGCGCCGAGAGCUCAGGGCAGAUGCGACACAGUUUUAAGCCGGGAUCCCGUACUGAGCUGGAUUCGGUGAAUGGCACCGGGGAGGCGGCUGAGUUUACGGAUUUGAGUGGACCACAGGAGAGAACACCGUUGGAUACGACGGAGGAGGAGAAUGGGGAGUCGAGGAAACUGUUGGGGAAGUUCGCGAGGUUGAACGCCGUGAGGGCGGUCUUACUUGGUGCCGGUGGCAUUUUGGGGCUUGUCACUGCUUUG